UUUGAUGGAUAUAUACCAAAGGAAAAAUUGAUUGCAACCUUUUCUAGAAGUAGUGGACCUGGAGGACAAAACGUAAAUAAAGUAAAUACCAAGGUAGAUAUCAGACUACAUGUUGACUCUGCAGAUUGGAUUCCAGAUAUUGUUAAAGAAAGACUGAAAGAAUUAUAUGCCAACAAAAUCAACAAGGAAGGAGAAUUUAUCAUUCAAGCUUCAAGUUUUAGAACUCAGGAUCAGAAUAUGAAGGAUGCCAUUCACCGUCUCAAGGGAUAUAUUGCAGAAGCUUACAAUAUUCCAAAAGAGUGGGUUCCAAGAGAAGGAAGAACUGAAAAGGGAGAUGCUAUUCGAAUGAAAGACAAAAAGAAACACUCUGAAAAGAAACAGAGAAGACAA